AUGCAGCAUCUACCACCGCCGGCACAGUGGCGACUUGGUCGCUCGACAAUCAACGCUGCCAGUUAUUCCGUCACCGUAGCUACUCUCUUUUCCAUUCCAAAACCCACUACCAUUGCUUUGCACCGUUACCUUCUUUUUAACUCACAAUGCACCAAGACCGAGUCACCUCAGGAAGAAGAUGAUGAUUUUGUUAUUCCGUCUCUUGUUUAUUGGGUCGAAUCUCCGAAUCAGAGGCUUGUUGAACUCGAACCCCGUAAACAACUUCGACAAUCUCUCUACGACACUGCUGAGCGGAUUCUUAAUAGACGAUUUUCUUCACCUGAACAAGUAAAUCAAGCUCUUAAUGAUUGUGGUUUAACUUUGUCAGAUAGUAUAGUACAUCAAUUUUUGAUGCGAUUUAGCAAUGAGUGGGUCUUGGCUUUCGAUUUUUUCAUUUGGGCUGAAACACAAACAGAUUAUAGGCAUUCCCCGGAAUCGUACAACUUAAUGGUUGAUAUCUUGGGGAAAGCAAGAAAGUUUCAGCUUUUGUGGGGAUUGAUCGAGGAAAUGAACCGUUUGGAUGGGUACUUUUCGUUGGUCACAAUGACAAAGGUCAUUGGGAGACUUGCAGGAGCUCGCUUGUAUAAGGAAGCCAUAGAUGUUUUAAGGGGAAUUGAGAGAUUUGGCAUAAGCAAAGACAUCACAUCGUUGAAUAUUCUUAUGGAUUCAUUGGUCAAGAGGAAUGGCGUUAAGCAUGCUCAUGAGGUUUUCUUGGAGUUUAAGGAUUCAAUACCAAUGUGA